UUGUUUGAUUUGAAAUAUUUAAAACAACAAUCAUGUUAAUACGUUUUCGUCUUCGUUCAUCAUCAUCAUCAAAUUCGACUACAUCGUCGAUUUCAGAACGAUCAAUGGCUAUAGAUUCUUCUUGUUCACCAUCUUCAUUAUCAUCAACAUCGACAUCUUGUAUGGAUCGUGAUCAACUUCUUGGUGAAUGUUAUCUUUGUGGCCAACAAGAUGAUAAUGAAGGACGGCGACAAUUAUUAACAUGUUCGGUUUGUGCUACUCAAUUUCAUUUGAAAUGUUUGGAUCUUAAAUCUAAACAAUUUUGUGAUACCAAAUCACGAGCAUAUAAAACAUGGGUAUGUCGAAAAUGUCGCCGUUGUUUGUGGUGUCGUGAAAAACGUACGAAAAUUAAUCCAAAUCCUUUGGUAUCAUCAUUACGAUCUCAUCCAGAACGAAAACUUAAUUCAAUGGAAAUGAUUUCAUGCAUUGAAUGUGAUUCAUCCAUUCAUUUGGUUUGUUUUUUUCGACAACAAAAUGAUCGUCAUCAAUUACCACCACUUUCAAUUCGUGAAUUACGAAAACGACGUAAGAAUUUUAUUUGUCCACAAUGUACUGGUGAUGAACCAGAUGUGGAUGAAGAGAUCGUAGAAGAUGAGGAAGAAGAAGAAGAUGAUGAUGAAUUGGCUGAAGAUGAAGAAAUCGAAGAUUCGUCCGAUGAAAACGAUAAUGGUGAUGAAGAAGAAUCGAGCCAUAACGAAAGUGAUGACGAUGACAGUGAUAAUAGUCAACAAAAAAUAACAAAACAUCAAAUCCUACAAACACAACUUCGAAAUUUAGGCAUCGAUAAUCCAGAUAAAUUCAUUGAAACAAUACAAAAUGAACAAAAUCAUCGAACAUCCAUUUCAACACGUUCAUCACGUCGAACGUUUCAAUCACCAAUGAUUAUGGAAAAAAGUGGCCAAAUUAAUAAAAUGAUCGAUACAACUGAUGAAAAGAAUGAUGAACAAUGUCAAAAUCAAUCUCAACAACAGAAAAAUAGAAAACGAAAAAAAUCCGAAUCCGAACAUCAACCACCACAAUGUUCGCCAAAGAAAAUAAAAUGUGUUUCACCUUCACCACCGAUACUAUCGAAUGAACAAGAAACAUUGCAAUCGUUGUCAGCACAACAUUUUCAUCAAGAACCAUGUGGAUGUUCAGUAUCUGGUUGUGAUUCCAAUGGCCAUUUAUCAGGCAUUUAUGAUCAUCAUUCAACCAUUGAAACAUGUCCAUUAUUUCAUAAUCAAACAGCUGAUGAUUGUAGACAACGAUAUCGUCGACGUAUUGAAUGUCAACGACAAAUACAAGAACAACAACAACAACGUAAAUGUUGGUCAUCACCACGAAAAUCUAUUCAACGAAUUGGUCUAUUACAACAGAAAAAUGUUAAAUGGAAUCAGAUUAUGAAUCAAAGAAAUGUUGAACUUAAAUCGCUUCAAUUGGAAACGAAGCCCACCUUUACAUCUAGCCGUCAACCUAAUCUGGAAGGUUUGACACCUAAAUUUGAUUUAAAUCUAUUUAUUGAUGCACAAGCUCGUACUGCUCAAAUGAUACAUGAAAAUUCAGCUUUAGAAUUGGCCACAACAACAGCAACAAAGAUGGCCAAUGAUUCGAAUGAAAUCAAAACAUCUGAACAAAAUUUUGAUGAAAAUCAAGAAAUUCAACAACAAAAGAAAAAACCAGGAAUUGAGACAAUUAUUUUUGGUAAACAUGAAAUAAGCGUCUGGUAUAAUUCACAAUAUUCAGAUGAAUUUCAAAAUUGUUUACGGCUUUAUAUAUGUGAAUUUUGUUUGAAAUGUAUGAAUUCUUCAAUCAUAUUGGAUCGUCAUAUGGAGAAAUGUACAUUGAAACAUCCGCCUGGCAAUGAAAUCUAUCGUAAAGGAAAGAUAUCAUUCUUUGAAGUUGAUGGCAAUAAACAGAAAGAAUAUUGUCAAAAUCUUUGUCUAUUGGCCAAACUAUUUCUUGAAUAUAAAACACUAUUUGUCGAUGUUGAACCAUUUUUAUUCUAUGUUAUGACUGAAAAUGAUCAUACCAAUGGAAUACAUUUGUUGGGUUAUUUUUCUAAAGAAAAACAUUCACCAAAUAGUUAUAAUGUAUCAUGUAUAUUAACAUUACCACAAUAUCAACGUUCUGGUUAUGGACGUAUGUUGAUUGAUUUUAGUUAUCUACUUACACGUAAUGAAAACAAAAUCGGUUCACCAGAAAAACCAUUAUCCGAUCAUGGAAUCAUUUCAUAUCGUAGUUAUUGGAAAUUUGUCAUUAUGGAUUUUUUAAGCUCAUAUGUUGGCAAAGAUAUUCUACUCAAAGAUAUAAGCCAACAUACAGGUAUUAAUUCAGUGGAUCUAAUAUCAACAUUACAAUUGAUGGGCAUACUUAAAUAUUGGAAAGGUAAACAUCUUAUAUUGGUGAAUGAUGAACAACGAAAACGUUAUGGACAAGAAAUAAAACGUAAACGUAAAUUAUUUGGUGAUAAAAUGAUUGAUCCAAAAUGUUUACGAUGGACGCCAUCCAUUUAUCCAAGAUGAUGAUAUUUUUUUAAAAAAAUAUGUGUGACGUAUUUAUUAUAUUUUACUUUCUAUCUUUUAAAUAUAAAAAUAAAGCCAUUUACAUUUAAAUUGUCUUGGUGUUUUGAUCAUGUUGAUUUUUGUCCAUGCAUGGCAAACAUGAAAAAUAAAUGGAAAAAAAAAUUUUUAUCAUUCAUUUGAUGAUGAUGAUACCGAUUUCGACCUUGAUAGUUACACCCUUGUUGCUGUUGCUGUUGAUAUAUAAAAACGAUGAUGAUGAUGAUCAAUAUUGACAAUUUUUCAUUUACAUAAUUUUUGCUAUUGUUGUUGAAUUUUUUUUCAUAUUCUAUAUGGUUAAUUGUCAAAUAAUCAUGACUACUCCAUCGAUUGACAUAAAAUUCACCAAGAUUUUCAUCAACAAUGAAUGGCAUAAUUCUUUGAGUGGUAAAACAUUCACAACAGUGAAUCCGACUACUGAAGAAACAUUAGCCUAUGUAC